CGGCCUUCCCCUUCCGCGCAUCGGCGACCACUUCGCUAGUUUGCUGCAGCGUGGGGAGUGGAUCUCCGGCGAGAGCAAGACUAGCUCCGAUGGCGAGCCGAGGCGGAUACGCCUGGGCCCUCGCGGCGGGCCUCAACGCCGCGCUCGCCGCCAUCUCCGCCAAGUUCUUCGCGCCCAUGUUGCUCAAAUACGGAAUGGUGAUACUUUUCAACGUGACAAUGUGGGGGUGCUACGUGAACAGCCUCAAAGCUUUGUCGUCCCUCCAGGCAACGGUCACCAACUUCGCCGCCAACUUCAUCUCGUCAGGUCUUGCAGGGUAUUUCCUGUUUCAGGAACCUCUGCCUUCUAAGUGGUUUGCAGGUGCCAGUCUGAUCAUUCUUGGUGUGUUCAUCCUCAGCAAAUCAAGUAUUGAGGAGAAAGUGAACUCUGAUUGAUUGGGAGUUGCUACCAGUCUGUUAGCUGGGACAUAAAUUUUGCAAGCUUAUUCCUAUAUUUCCAGUGGCUGUGUGCUCGUCCUGAUGCAAUGCUAAGUAUCCGAAAAUAAUGUGUGCAUUUGGUCUCAGCUCAUCCACUAACAUGUACACUAGUACAGUUUAAGAUACACCACCCAAUUUGUAACGGUUUAAGAUACACCACCCAAUUUGUAAUUUGUAAGUAAGAAGUGAGCACAUGAUCUAAGAGUUGCUUGCUUUGGUUUCAACGGGAGGGCAUUCAAACUGUUGUAGCAUUAUCGGUGGAUCUUUUUUGUUCUUUGCAUUUCUCCUGUUGUAAAUUUGUGACAUCACAGUUAAGUUGAUUACUUAUUAUUUCUAGUU